UGGAGACCACCAGCGGCCCCACCAUGAGCUGCCAAUCCUUCCUCCCUGUCUCCCUUCACCAAGCCGAGGCAGAAGACCUCGCCUCACCGCUCUACUCGUUUGACUCUCAGGAGCCGUGUGAGGAACACGAAGAGAGCCUGACCAUGUUCUGUUUGGAUGACCUGGAGCCUUUAUGUGAACACUGUGCAGCUGUGAGCCACGCAGGACACAGAGUUUACCUCCUGACUGAGGCUGCUACUGACUGCAAGGAGGAGUUGAAAACAUCACUAAAUGGACUGAAGAAGAGGAGGGUGCAAUUUGAGAAAGUCACACAGAACUGUGAACAUGCAUCCAGACAUAACCAGGCUGAGGCCGAACUCACAGAGGAGCACAUGAAGAAGGAGUUUGAGAGCCUUCACCAGUUUUUGAGAGAGCAGGAAGCAGCCAGGCUGCUCGCCCUCAGGGAGGAACAGAAGGAGAAAAAGAGAGAGGCAGAAAAACAGGUAGAUGAAAUGAAUCAGCUGAUAACAUCUCUGGAGGAGAAGGUACAACUGGUGGAAGAGGAGCUAGAUGCAGGAGGAGAAGGGGCUGGAUUUUUAAAGCAAUACCAAGACACAAUGAAUAGUACCUGUACAGGUGACAGGGAACCACAGAAGGUUUGCAGACCUCUGAUAGAUGUGGCCAAACACCUGGGAAACCUCCAGUAUGCUGAAUGGGAGAAGAUGAAACACAUUGCCCCCUACACGCCUGUGACCCUUGACCCCAGGACAGCAGGCCAGUCUCUGAGGGUGUCUCCCGGGUUAAACAGUGUCCAUAUCACCCCUGGACCCUCACAGUGUCUGGAUGUCCCAGCUGACCCAGAAAGUGUCCACCCUUAUUCCUGCAUCAUGGCGAGAGAGGGCUUUGACUCAGGAGUGCACUGUUGGGAUAUUGAGGUUGGUGACACCAACAGUUGGGCAGUCGGUGUGGCUGCUCACUCAGUGUCCAGAGGUGCAGAUAUUAUGGCCUGUCCCGAGGCAGGACUCUGGUGUAUCAGCCUGCGAGAAGGCGAGUACCUGGCUCUGACCGCUCCCACUCAGAAACUCAACUCACAACACCUCUCUAAGCUCCGUGUGAGGCUGGACUGGGAUGAAGGGACGCUUGCAUUCUUGAACACUGAUACUGAAACACAUAUUUUCACGUUCAAACAUCGCUUUACUGAAAAGGUGUACCCAUACUUUGAGAGUACAUCGUUGUGUGGGGGCUUUUCAGUGUUGGCACAGAGAGUGAAGGUCAGCCUGGGGUCAGAUGAUGUCCCUGAAGAGGACACUGCUAUCCUUGAGGAGGAUCAGGUGAUAACAAAUGACUCCUGGAAACAGGGAGACAUUAACGCUCUUUCAACAAAAAGCAAGAAGUGUGAACGUCUGAAUGAAGACAAGAAAUCCAAACCUCAGGGGGGCACCUUGAAGAACCAUAUCAUUAAAACAAAACCCGCUGAGCAAAAGUCGAAAGAUAACAAAGCCAAAAAACAGAGCAGCAAACCCAGGUUCAGUGUGACCUACCAUGUGUCACUGAACAGAGCCCUAAACAUCAUCAACAAUGAGUCUGACAGUCACAAACAAAUCCAGAUGAAUCAUGUUGAUCAUUUGGUUAAUCAUGCAUGUGUUGAAUAACAAGAGCCCACAGCCAUAAUGAAUUACAAUGCCAUCAUUACCAUUCGUACUAAUGUUAUUCUUGGUUUUAAGUUAUGCUAGAAGCUUGCCUCCAGGAUUGGAAAUUACAAUCAGUGAUUGCCGUGUUUUCAGACAGUCAUGUUCCCUAGAGGGUGAAUCCUGAUGAUUUUGGUGAUCCCUUGACUUUUCAUUAGAGCCGACAAGAGGUUGACAUUUGUAUUUUCUUUAAAAUGUCCCAACUAGUGGAUGUAUUGCCAUGCCAUUUGGUACGUACAAUCGUGUAUUUGUCAGACGGAAAUGUUAUUCAUUUGAUGAUUCCUGGACUCAGCAUUUAGCCUCAUGUGGCCGAUAUUUCAAUUUGUCCAGUAUUUUGGUUUAUUAACAAAUACCUGCAAAAUGAAUACCUCUAUGGUUCUCAUCACUUGGACUCUGUGUUUGGUGCUUAUAGCAAAUGUUACUUCACUGUCAGCUGCUAGCAUAGGUGUACUCUUAGUCUGGUUUUAAAUACAUUAUGAGUUGAUUAUAUUUAAUGUUGUUUUAUAUUGUGAUACAAAUAUAUAUUUGCUGUGAGCUCAUCAGUAUUUUACCUUCUGGAAUUGAUUUACAUCCCAACAACAGAAGAUACAAAAAGAAGUUUUACAAAUCU